UGUCGCCAGUAUGAGAGAAAAAGAGAGAGAAAUAGAAAUCACUUGGAGGGGAACUAGAGAAAAAAUAAAGGGUCCCGAAAAUGGAGCUGCAGUAAUUUUCUGGAAGAACUAAAUUGGAAGAAUCGUUAUUGAUGUGAAGACUUCAUCACUGGCAUCUAUAUGUUCAGUUGUUAGCCUCCAAGAAAUAAUAACAGCUCAUCACUUGCAAUAAGUGCUUUUUUAUACACUGACGUUUAUUUGCAAAAAAAAAAAAAAACAAAACACUGAACAAACCUUUUGAAGACUUGUGUCAAAUGACGUCAAUGGCCAGUUUGUUCUCCUUUACUAGCCCAGCUGUGAAGCGUUUGUUGGGCUGGAAGCAAGGAGAUGAAGAGGAAAAAUGGGCAGAAAAAGCUGUUGACGCUUUGGUAAAAAAGCUGAAAAAGAAAAAGGGUGCUAUGGAAGAAUUGGAGAAAGCCUUGAGCAGUCCAGGACAGCCCAGCAAGUGUGUUACUAUCCCCCGUUCUUUAGAUGGGCGACUUCAAGUUUCUCAUAGAAAAGGCCUUCCCCAUGUUAUUUACUGUCGUGUUUGGCGUUGGCCUGAUCUACAAAGCCAUCAUGAGCUGAAGCCAUUGGAUAUUUGUGAAUUUCCUUUUGGAUCUAAACAGAAGGAAGUCUGCAUCAAUCCAUACCACUAUAAGAGGGUGGAAAGCCCAGUUCUACCUCCAGUGUUAGUGCCUAGACAUAGUGAAUUCAAUCCACAGCACAGCCUACUUGUUCAGUUCAGGAACCUAAGCCACAAUGAACCACAUAUGCCACAUAAUGCGACAUUUCCAGAUUCUUUUCAACAACCCAACAACACUCCGUUUUCCAUUUCGCCAAACAGUCCCUAUCCACCUUCUCCAGCCAGCAGCACUUAUCCAAGUUCCCCAGCUAGUUCCGGACCAUCUAGUCCAUUUCAGCUACCAGCUGAUACUCCACCUCCUGCGUAUAUGCCCCCUGAUGAUCAGAUGGGGCAGGAUAAUUCUCAGUCUAUGGACACAAGCAAUACCAUGAUCCCUCAAAUCAUGCCAAAUAUAUCUACCAGAGAUGUUCAACCUGUUGCCUAUGAAGAACCCAAACACUGGUGUUCAAUUGUGUAUUACGAAUUAAAUAAUCGUGUUGGGGAGGCUUUUCAUGCAUCUUCCACAAGUGUCUUAGUAGAUGGGUUUACAGAUCCCUCCAAUAAUAAAAACAGGUUCUGCUUAGGUUUGCUCUCAAACGUUAAUCGCAACUCAACAAUUGAGAACACUAGACGACAUAUCGGAAAAGGAGUUCAUCUCUACUAUGUUGGUGGGGAAGUCUAUGCUGAGUGUUUAAGUGACAGCAGCAUAUUUGUACAAAGCAGGAACUGCAACUACCACCAUGGCUUUCAUCCGACAACUGUAUGCAAGAUUCCUAGUGGCUGCAGUCUAAAAAUUUUUAACAAUCAGGAGUUUGCUCAGCUGUUAGCUCAGUCUGUCAACCAUGGAUUUGAAGCAGUAUAUGAGCUCACCAAAAUGUGCACCAUUCGAAUGAGUUUUGUAAAGGGCUGGGGAGCUGAAUAUCACCGACAAGAUGUCACGAGCACCCCAUGCUGGAUAGAAAUUCAUCUUCAUGGGCCUCUGCAGUGGCUGGAUAAAGUACUUACGCAAAUGGGUUCUCCUCUUAACCCCAUCUCGUCUGUUUCAUAGUGCUGAGAUACUAUCUUCAACCUUAUUUUUAGUGAACUUAUUCUAAUUUUAGAGAAACUUCCAGUGUGGAUACUGUGAGCUAUAUGGAGAAUGGAUCUUACAGUUUAACUUUUUUUUUUAAUCCCUUUGUGACCAAUUCCAUUGUGUAUAGCUGAUCGAUUUUACAUUUCAGUCUGUUCUUGUGAUGCUUAAGUGACAGUUGAGCCCUAAGGGAAAAAAGUCUAUUGAAAAAUUCAGAACACUUUUCCCCUCCCUCAAGUAGAACUUAAACAGGCAUAUGUCUUAACUGGAAAUUUUUUUUUUCUUUUUGAAUGGUAGGGACAGGAAUUAUGAAGACUGAUUUCAGAAAAUAAAUACAUAUCAUAGUUUGGGUUUUUUUUAACGUUUUUAAAACUGAACACGUGCAGCUCCAGCUAGCAAACUGUAUUUUUAGGGUAGUUGCUUAACAUCUUAAAAUUGACAUCUGUCAUAAGCAAAAUUAGACUUAUUAAAGUGAAUUUGCCUCAGAUUGAACAAUGUGAUUUUUUUUAAGUGUACACAUAAAAUAUACUUUUUACAAAUAUUGGAGUGGUGUAAAAACACUUGUAUUGUCUAUUGGAAAAUGCUGUCAUAAACACACUGUAUAUUAAUGCAGAACAGCAAAUCUUAGCCUUUUCCCACUUCAGUUUUGUAAUACUGCUUUUAACCACCAUUUUAAGUAGUAAUUGAUACAAGGUAAACAUCUGGCACGUUUCUGGAGUAGUAAUUCUUAUUUUGCUUUGAUUUACACUCAUGCCAUUUGGAUGUGGUUGCCAAGGCCUUUUUCUUUUUAGGUACCCUUCUCUAUUUUAACAAAAACACUACUGUUUGUAAAUGACAGUUCUUACUACUUUUUGGAUGGAAUAAGUUUUUUUUUUUUUUUGGUGUUCUAGCUGUUUGUUUUACCUGUCUGGAAUUGAUCUGUGUUAAGCCUUUUGAUCUCUCAGUAGACAUUAUGCAGUAUUAGUGAUUACACUGUAUUUAAUUCACUUUCAGUAUGAGUUUGAGUCUCUUUCAAGACUGAGUGGCUUAGCAAAUUAGUAACUGAAUGCAGAAGCUUUUACUUAUAGAUGGUGUAAUUUAAUACAGAGGUGUUGGUGAUGACCAAAAGUAAUCACUUUUUUGUAGUCUACGUGAAACAGUGGUCUCGAUCCUGUCCCUAUUGGCAGGGGUUCAAUCAGAAGACUCAUAACUGUAAUUGGCAGCUUUAGGGAAUUGAAGGACUGACUGCAUUAAUAUGGUGAUGAAAUUACUCUCUCACAUAUAAAGAAUCCUAUUACCUGUGCUGUUGUACUACACAGUAGAGGAUUUAAACACUGUACAAAACACUAAAAGAAACGAGCUAAAUAACAUAUGCAUAGUUUUCCCCUUGAAAUAAAAAAAAGGAGGCUGAAAGAAAUGUUCUAAGAGAAUUCAAAGUGAAUUAUGUACAAGAUUUCUUUGCAUGCAGAAAAAGCCCUGUUGUAUUUUUUUUUUAACUCCUUAUUGUCGUAUUUCUUUUUCCCAAACACCUUUUCAGAAAGGGCUCAGUGUUUGGGGGAGGAGAGACUGAAAACUCUAAAAUGCAAAUACUUAUUAAAAGAUACGUUGCAGUUAACUACUGCAAUCCUGAGACAUCGUUUGCUUACACAAGUUCUUGUGUCUCCUGUUGAAUGACAGAGUUUCUACUCAAAUGUGGAAAUCGUGCAUCAUAUGGUACCUAAGUAACAAAUCAUCUUAAAGGAAUAAAAUUGUUUACGUGUCAAUAAAAUGUUUCUUAUGAAAUGCCUUAAUGGAAUAAAGAUGAACUGUUAACACUUUUUCAGAACCCUAAUGCUCUCUCAUACAGGAAUUAAUAUAUCACUUUUUAAAAGCAGUUUCUCCAGUGUGUUUAAAAACAAAGUACAUCUUCAGGAAAAGGGGAAUAAUAUCAUAUGCCACUCACUUUUGGGGUCUUCUCUUUCAUUCUUUGGAAGUACAAUCCACAAAUGGUUCUGUUGAUUGAAUGAGAUGCAAAGUCAGCUGCCCACAGGAUCAGGCUUCCGUUUUCCUCUCCCCAGGCCUGACCUUUGUCGAGUUGCUGAAUAUAUAUGUAUUUGACACUACAGCAUUUUUUUUCUUGAUUAGCUUUUAUUAUAAAUGUCAUGGCACAUUGAAUUAAGGAGAGAUCCCAGUUGUAGGUACAAGGUUUUACUUCAUCCAAAAUAUAUUUCAUCUGGCUUCAUCUCUGUAUGUUCAGAUGUGGCCAACUGAUUCAAGAAUGGGUGCUGAAGUGGGUAUUCAUGAGCCAGAGCUGGUGCUUAGCACUAGUAUUGUGGUUAGGUUGGCUACCCAUGCACUGAACCAUAAUUUCUGCAACGCUAUCCAGUUAACCCACUUCUGAUGCUGUCAUUAAGUACUAAAGUACUCUGACUGGCAUUUCUCUGCUUGUGUACAUAUUUUUGAACUGUAACGUAUGCAGUGCUGGGGAUAUCCUUGUGACUGCUAAUUUUGCCAGGGCAGAUUUGCAGGGGCAGUCCCAGUAAGAUUUGUCCACGUGCUGCUUUUCUGUUUCUUUAAGUAGAACUUUUUGAGAGCUUUCUAGUUAGCAAAUUUUGUGUGCUGCUGGUUCAUGGUGUUCCUAAUCAUGUUUAGUUUAUCCGUGCUGCUGAUAAAUUCAGAUAUCAGUGCGCAGAUGGGUUGGAUGAGAACUUUGACACUAAUUAUGCUUUAAAUAUAGUGAUAAGAGAGAUUGCUGCUUCUGUUACAGUAUACUUGUGCUUAAGUCACUUCUUGAUCUAGAUGGAAGGAUGGAGAAACUGGGUCAGCCAGUAGUUUUGUUAAUGGAAGAUGGAGCCUUUCCAGUAUAGUCCAGCUUAGACUGAAUGUUACUCUUCAAUGAAAGCUAUUUUGCCUUUUGUAGUGUAAAUAUAUUCUUCCGUUUGGGCAUUUUUCUAUUUUGCACCAACCACGGCACUAAUUAACAGCUUUGGCAAUACCAGCAAAGAGCCUAGAAUAGGCAUGUACUGAAGUUCUUUCUGGGCUUGCUUUAUAGUCACUAAGACAUGGUAGUAGCUUGGAUUUUCCUCUUCAGAGGACUUCAGUCUUGCUGGCAGUCAAUCCAGCACCUUGCGUAUUACGUUCAUUUAAUUGUUUUAGGCAUGAAGUAGUUGUACAUGAAGGGAUGACAUUGGGUUAUAGUAUCUAUAGGACCAAAAUAAAACUUUCUAGUAUGACGGACAGCUGAGAGAAGUCUAACAAAACAGCCCAGUAGUCAAAAUAACAAUGGAACAGCCUACGGGUUGUGAUGAGUAUAGAAUUUUUUUAAAAUAUUGGUGAUCUUUUAUUUUUUACCUGAAGCUGAAAUCUUUUUUCCACAGUAUUACAGUCUAAAAGUUGUCUACUCUUGGGCAGGUCUAGAGAAACAUUAAAACGUGUCAUGAUUUUCCCUAGCUUGAAAUAAUUGUUUUUUUCAGGAUACUGUUUUAGCUGCCCAAAGUGUUGCUAGUAACAGUCUUUUAAAAAUAAAUAAAUAAAUGUUUUGCUUCAAAAGACAGUAGUGACUAACGUUUUCUUAUAGUUGUGAAGUUUCUCUAGGAAGGAAACCCAUUCUGAAUUCAAACCAAUAGACCAAGCCAUCAGAUUACAACAUAAUUUUGCUUUAUUGUGCUGCUCCAUAAACCUGCUUCUGUGUUUGUUGCAAGCAUAACCUUUAUGCUUUUGUUUACAUUGUAGGAAACACAGCUCUAGCAAUGAGUUUUUUCAUUUAACUCUGAACAUCCUUUUAUUUUGUUAAUUUUAAAAUUAUUAGGUUUUGCUAUGUUAUGUUUUUAAAGAUAUUUUUUGCAUACUGCUGCUCAUAUUUCAAUAAACA